AAUCAAACAACCCCGUCCGUUGGAGGUUGAGGCAGGAAAGUGCUGGUCGUGCUGCUGUUGCUAGCGAAUGCACUGACAAUAUGGACGACCCGCGGGACGUUCAAACUUCCAAGCGAAACGGGAGCUCCAGGUCGUUAUUAUCGGCCGGGUCCGCGGUGGCUAUGGAGAUUAAACGGAAAAAAAUACGACAGAGCACCUUAUUCCUGCAAACAGAGAACACUAACUUGCAAGAAAAGCUGGACUUUGAGGUGCGAAUGCGAGAGGGAGCCUAUAAGCUGCUGCUCGCCUGCAGCAAGAGAGAGCAGGUUCUUAAUGCAUCCAAGAACCUACUGACCUGCAACGCCAGGAUCAAGGCUUAUUUCACUCAGCUGCAGAAGAAAAAAGAGGAGCAGGACAUGAUGGCAGGAUUCAGGAGACUUUCAGAUCCAGUUUCAGAUGACCGUGUGCCCUGUAAUGGGACAAUUGCAAUGUCUGGGCUGCGUAUUCCUUUGAUGUGGAGGGAUUCAGACCAUUUUAACAACAGAGGGAGCUCUCGUCGAGUGGCAGUGUUCUGUCUGAUGCAGAUUGGCUCUGAGGUGUUUGACACAGAGAUGGUGGUGGUGGAUAGAUCAGUCACUGACAUCUGCUUUGAGGGAGUCACCAUCUUUAAAGAAGCAGUUCCUCAGUUUGAACUGAAGGUGGAGCUGUGGAGCUGUGCCCUGGAGGAAGAGCUCACGUUGGUGAACACGCCAAAGAAGCUGGCCAGGAAACUCCGCAACUCCUUCGGAAAAACGGCUGGGAAGAAGCUCUGCCCUCUGCUGGACUCUCCAGACCCUGACACCUUCCUGCAGUACAACCCCAUACCCUCUGGAGCCAAGUACAGCCUGCUGGCCUACACUACUCUGUGUCUGCCUGAGGCUGAAGGCAGCUUCCAGUCUCAUUCCCUCAUUGUCCUCCAAGAUGCCGAGUGGUCAUCCUGGCUUCCACUUUAUGGCAACCUCUGCUGCCGGUUGGUGGCCCAGCCUGCCUGUAUGAUGCAGAGCAUGAUGACCGGCUACCUGAACCAGAAGCAAAAUGUGGAGGGGAUGAGCCGCUGCUGCAGUCUUUACUGCGUCUUAAGCGCCGGCUUUUUGUCCUGUUACUUCACCCCGGAAGAAAUUGACGCUAAAGUGCAGCCGACUCUCAAUAUACCCAUUAAUAAGGACACCAGGAUCCAUGUGAUGGAGAAGGGGUCCAUAGGCCAGAAAUCCAGGAGUCUGUCCAUCAUCAACCCUUCGCCAGAGGGAUCUGAGACCGUUGUCUUCACUACAGACACCAGGGAGGAGCUGGAGGACUGGGUGGACGCCCUCCACCAGCACCUCUAUGAUCAGAGCCAGUGGCUGCACUGCUGCAACCAGCUAAUGAAGAUCGAGGUCAUGUCACCACGGAAACCAUCACUCUUCCUCACAAAGCAGGCUGACUCUGUUUACAACGACCUCAGUAUAAAUUCACCUGGCAAGUUUGAGAGCAUCACAGAUAUUAUCCACAACAAGAUAGAGGAGACAGAUGGCCGCUUUCUAAUUGGUCAUGAAGAGGAAAAGGAAGCGCCUAACUGGUCCACUCUGUUUGAUGGAUCCCACUCAGUGGUAGUGCAGAAGAGUAUUCUGUCCCAGAGCAAAACCUCCACCCCUUGUUCAAGCCCCAACCCCAACCACAACACCAGCUCAACAUCCAUUGGCAACAAGAAGCGGCGUGCCCCGCCCCCUCCGCCUGACAGAGAGCCUUAUGCGCCUCCUGCCCAUCCUGCCAGACCUCCCCUCCCUGCUUCUCUUCAUCAUCCUCUUCCCCCUCUCUCAUACCAGGGGAAAGAGAAGGAGAACUCCGGCACUUGCGUUUCCCGCCCGACCGCAAGGUCCAAAACUGGCAGACCGUCUCUGGACGCCAAGUUUUCUGCCAUCAUCCAGCAGCUCCAGCGGAACAACGCCGGAGGAGCCGGUACCCUCAGCCGCAAAAACGCUCCACUGGGCGUCCUCGAUAUACAACCGCAAGGUCAACCUCAGCCCCCUCUCCAGCAGCUGGAGUACCAGAACCACCACACCCAGACCCCUGAAACCACAGCUGAACACGGCUUCGUCAGACCCAGUCACGGUCCUGUCCCUGCACCAAGGAGCAAACUGAGGAAGUCUUUUAGAGAGAGGAUGAACCUUAAAGUCUUGUGACCCUCACCUUCGACCAUACCUGGAUUUACCCACUAACCUUACCUUACCACUAAUACAGAUAACUUCAACACCUAACUGUUGUUGUAGAACUUUUCAACUGUGCUGGGUAACAUUGAGAAAAUCCGGUAUCACAAUAUAUUUGAAAGUAUCUCAAUAGAAAUUUUGUGAUGAUAUUUUUUGUGAUAACAUUUAAAGGGAUAGCUCAUCAUUUUGGGAAGUAUGUUUAUCUGUUUUCUUGCCAAGAGUUACAUGAGUAGAUCAAUACCACUCAUAUCUGUAUGCUGAAUAUGAAGCUGGAGUCACGAGAUGGAAAGCUUAGCUUAGCAUAGUAUUUGGAAACAGAAAGAAACAGCUAGCCUGGCUCUGAUGAAACAUAACAUAGUCUGCCUACCACUACCUCCAAAUCUCACUAAUUAACAUGUUUGUUUAAUCCGCACAAAGAACAACAAAGUUACAGUUUUACUGGGGAUAAUGUGCCAGACUAUCUCUUGGCUGGGAGUAGUGACUUCCAGUCUUGUCAUCACCAGACUCUAACCCUCUAAUCCACUGCAGAGUCACAGCUCCCAGCUAAGAAAACAUAUUGGACAUAACCCCCUUUAAACCGCAGCUUAUCAUUUUAAUACUUUGUUUUUUUUUUACAGAUUAAACAAAUGAGAUAUAAGUUGUUAAUUAGAGAGCUUUAUAGGUGCUGGUAGGUGGAUUAGGUUGCCUUUGAACAUGGCUAGUCUAGCUGUUUCCCCCUGUUUUCAGUCUUUGUGCUAAAGUAAGCUAUCAUCAUAUUGAGCAGAUAGGUAUGAGAGUGGCAUCAAUCAUCUCAUCUAACUUUCGGCAACAAAAUGUAUAAGCAAAUUACCCAGAAUGUCAAACUGUUUGUAUAAUGUAAAGGAUGGGUGGCUAAUGUGGUUUCUUAAAGUACACAUCCCCCUCAAAGUCCAUUAUGACAACCCAAAUCCCAGCUGACACCUCAUAUUACGAUAUCAAUAUUGUAUUGAUACAUCUCCAGCUCCACUCUCCAUUUAUAAACUUUUUCAUGUGCAGCUAACCCAUAGAUGAAAUUGAAAGCUGUACGUUGGCUUGAACAGCACCGCCAUCAUCAAUCCCACUAAAAUGGAAAGGCUUAUUUCUCAGCUCUGCCACUGGAACAUGGAGCGAAGAAAGAGCCUUUGCAAAAGCACUCAAAUUGGAAUUGAUCCACUGGCCAACUGUGGAGGAGUCAUUCCUUUUGGAACUAUUGACUUAUUCCACUUACUGUGACGACUUUAUGACCACUAUAGCUGAUUUUAAGGGAACAGGAUUUUAGGAGCAAUUGCAAGCACUAAUGUGACUUCUCCAUUUCCCAGAGGUCUUAAUAAUGGAGUGACCUUGGUUUUCAGUGGCUACACACUACGUCCAACAUAAUUUAACACUGCAGCCCAUAAAUGCUAUGAACAUAAUUGAAUGAAUGAGUCUUUUGAGUGGCUAAAAUAACGAAUACCCUUGUGUUUGUGUUUUGAACAUAUCCAAUACUGCCAGCCACUAAAUAUUUCAACCACUUAAUGAUCACGUGUUGAAGAAUGGGUUUCAUUAUUACGCAUAGUGUACAAAACAGGUUUAGCUAUUGUCCCUGAAAUUGCCUGGCCAGAUGAAGCAGUAUGGUUAAAGCUACAGUCCCAUUUUUUUGUUAUCUCACCCUCUGAAUUCUGUUUAAUCAAGAGGGGGAGAUGUAGAUUUGGGGGGAGGUGGAUUACAGGAGGAUUUAGUUUAAGCCUUAAAAGAACUGAGAAUGGAUUGUACAAAAGGGGAUGCAGGAAUAACAAGGGAAGGUUGUCACUUCAAACCUCACAGCACAGCACAGUUUUUGGCUACACCUGUAACAGGCUGUAUGAUUAUGGCUAAAAUCAUCACAAUAAUUAUACUGCACACCCUUCAUCUCAGCCAUUUCAGUUGAACUAAAGCCAGAGAUAAAACACAUUCAAUUACAUGUUGUGGUACUGUGAAAACUAACAUUUCUGUUUAUUAUUUUUGGACAAUUCUCCAGUGACUCAUUUUCAUACAACCAGCAUAGGAAAAGUUGCCUGUAUUGACAUUAGGGUUGAGGCAGAACAGAUGAUCUAAUGAGUAAAAAAAAUGUACAACUGCUUUAUGACUUAACAGUGACUGAAUAUUCUCACUAUUAUCUGAGCUAAACUAAUGAGCCAAAUUUAUAUUCAUUUACAAUGUGCACGUCUUUCCAUUUCUCAAUUAAUUUUAUAAGAGCAAUAACAGUAAUAGCAGUAAUUUGUAGCGAUGUUUUUGGAUUGUUUUUAAUUAAAAUGUUCUGUAAUUCCUUCUUUAUAGUGUAAUACUUCCAUGCCAUCUCAGUUUUAUCUUCAGCGCAUUAAUAAUUUAGACUUUAAGUGGAGCUGUUAUGUACUAGUAAGUAGUGAUACUUUAUAUUAAUCUUGUCUCAAAUGCAUUGUAAUUUGUGUAUAGUCCAAUCUAAAAAAAAUAAUAAUACUAUAGUUAUUUUUGUUCUUCAAAAAGUGCAAUUUUCUCCUCACACUGUUCACUGUUGUCUUGGAAGCUAACUGUAUUUUUUAUUAUUGCUGAUCUGCAAUAAAACGGCCUACAUUCUA